CCACCAGGACCGAGAGGACUUCCUUUCAUUGGCAAUGCUUUAGACAUGCCCACUGAUAAGCCCUGGUUGACUUUCGCACGCUGGAGAGAGACGUAUGGCGACAUUUGCUCGGCAACCGUCCUCGGGCAAACAUUUGUAAUCCUCAACUCUUAUGAGAUAGCCGUCGACCUUCUCGAUAAACGUGGCUCCAUAUACUCUGAGCGCCCUCACCUCACAAUGGGAGGAGACAUGGUUGGUUGGAAGUCGGUUCCUGGACUCUUGCCCAACGGAGCCGUUUUGCGAAGGCAGCGGAAACUCAUGCAUAGCAUUUUUGGUACAAACGUCGUGGGGCAACUUCAUACAGUGCAGGAAACAACGGCCCUGCGACUCCUUAGGGAUUUAAUGAAUACCCCUGACAAGUUCGACGACCAUAUAUCUCGUCGUGUUGUCGGUUUCAUUCUCAGCAUCACAUACGGAUAUGAGGUCAAUGGAGACGGAGAUGCCCUCGUUGAGCUGGUUGACAGGGCUAUGGCUGAAUUUUCGCAAGUAACUGUUCCGGGGGCAUUUCUUGUGGAUAAAAUACCUGUUCUGCGUUUCCUUCCUGGAUGGCUUCCUGGGAUGGGUUUCAAGUCGAAGGCACGGAAAUGGGCUAAGGACCUCCAUGACAUGGUGAACGUACCUUAUAAAUUUACGGAGCGCCAAGUG